AUGAUGCCUAUCAAGUAUUUCUUUGCUCUCUCGAUGCUCGGCGGCGUUUUCGCCGACCGCAGCUAUCAGAACCGCCUUUUCAACAAUCUCUACCUUCGACACCAAGCAAAAGAAAAAAACGCAGAAAACGUGGGCCAGGACGAGAUCAUCCGACAAAUCCUUAACUCUCCCAAUUUAUCUGACUCGGUCAACAACGACAAUCUGAUUUCCUAUCUUUUGGAAAGCUCUCCCGAAACUCAUCAGAGAAGAACGAGAAAUCAUUACCGAGCCAAGCGCUAUCAAAAGUUCAUGGCAUACCACAAGAACUUAUAA